AUGUGCCUUCAUACUACGUGGGGACAAAAAAGAACACCUGGGCUCAGCGGAAGCGCGGGGCCAACGUCGAGGGCUAUCCAGGCGUCAAAAAGACACCACACUCGGAAGGGUAUUCACUGUUCCCCCAUCGCGACAGGAAUGUUUUUACUUGCGACUCCUUUUGCACGAAGCAAGUUACAGUUUUUUCUUCUUUUUCCUCUUUUUUCCUCUUACUUUCUAUCCUUUUUAUUCGACGUAGCCGUCCGUAAGACACAUAUCGUUCUUUCAUUCUUCACGUCCUGUGUGCCUUUUGCAUCGUUCGCUACGGCUUUCAGCACGCGUUGCUGCGCCAUCGCUAACGCUGCGUCGGUCGGCGAGCAAAAUUGUUUCUCGCCCGGCUCUUCGUGGAGCGCAAUGGUUUUCAGUCUCAAUUCGGCAGGCAAGGUGGAACACUGGCAUCGCUGGUUUCCGGUGUCUCUUGUUGAGACCGCCCUCCCGAAGGAGCUACGUCCCCACAUGACUGCCGCUGAGAUUAAAGUAUUUCUGGACGCGCCGCUUGAGUCCCUGGAUUCUAAGCAGGCGCUUUGCCUACCCGGUCGUAUGGUUUCCGCUAUACGAUCCAAACGGCGGCGAUUCCUAAUAUCUGACCCUACCUGCGAUUGUGGAACAUAA